UUUACACUAUAAAUGAUCUUCCCUGUCAUAAGCCUCUGCCUUAUCUUCCCACUUGGGAAUCCAUUCGAAUUGUAUUCAUUGGGUCUUACGCUUUUGCCAGGAGCGGAUUCAUUGCACCGAGCAACCGAGUCGCGUCAUUUUUCUCUAAACUCUGAAGAAGUGUUGUGUGUAAAUCGAACACACACAUUUCUCUAGUACAGGGUGUGGAUUUAAUCGAUAUGAAUUUGGGUGUUAGCACAGAGGAUGUAGAAAUAACUAAUAACAGUGGUAGGCAAAACUCGCAUGGAAACAAUGGGCGCAGGGUAUGGAUUCCUAGAGGCAGAGGAAACAAUAAUCAAAACCCUAACCCUAACCACAAUCCCGAUUCUCUUGCUAACCCCAGGAGUGGAUCUAGGGAAAAACCUACUUCUGAUCCAAAACCUGCCAAGAAUUCUAACCUCAAUUACAUUAGUGAUACUAAUCCCCAUCAGAGUCCGAACCCCACUUUUAGUCCAAACUUUGAUUCCAUUUCGAAAAGUAAUGCAAAUCUCGAUCAGAGUUCCAAUCACAACUUCCAUGGAAACACACAUUUUAACUGGAAUGCUUCGAACGGCAGUCCAGAUAUUAGGAAUCCGUUUCAAGGUCCCGGGCGGCACCAUCUAGUGGGUUCGAGUUCACAAGAGGUUGAGAGGACUAGGAAAGCUAGUCAUUUGUCUGCGAGUAAACAAAUUGUGGGCGGGAAUUCUGCGAGCUUGCAGAGCCAUGAUUUUCAGUUGGCUGACAGCAGUUCUGUAAGGAGUGGGGUGGAGAAUCAGCACCACAGAUCAAGGGGGCAAGGCAGGAGACAUUUUGACAGAAACAAUCUCUAUAGAAGGAUUGAAGCUUCUAGUGAUAAGGAGAAUGACGUGGAAAUUGCGGGGGUAAAUGCUAUUGACAGGAAUGCCAAUGAUCAUAAUGACAGCUAUAGUGAGGCAUCCAACCACGGAUCAAAUUCUAUAAACGAAGAUUUAGUUGCUUCUUUCAAUGUUGGAAAAAAUCAUUCACAAUCCAUACAGCAUCAAAGACAGGAAAUUAAGCAUCUUAGUGCUGGGGCUUCUGGCAAAAAUACUGAAUGCAUCGAAAGGAAUAAUGGGCCAUCCACCAGUAGACAAGAUUCUACAAAUAAGGAUAUAAUUGAUCCGUCCAAUGAAAUAAAAUCUUCACACUUUAUGCAGCAGCAGAGACGACAAAUGGAAGAUCUCGGUUUAGCGAGCACUGAAAGAAGCCGCAAUUACUAUAAUGGUAAAGAAAAUGGAGCAUCGAAGUCUGGACAGAAUUCAUCAGCUGAGGAUUUGAAUGACAACAAGCAUCCUUUACAUCAUAAGAGAUCAGAAAUUGAAGAUCUUGGACAUAUGAACAGGAGCAGUCAGGAUUGGAGGUAUCAUGCUCCAUUGCCAAUGGCUCACACUCGGCCACUAUUGAAGCAGGAAAGUGAGGAGGUUAUUCAUUUGGAGAGACCAAAUGUGCCAAAUCUUGUGCAGUCGAUUGAACAGAAGCUUCGUAAAAGUAAGGUGGAAUGCAUGAUUUGCUAUGAGAUGGUGGGAAGAUCAGCGGCAAUAUGGUCUUGUAAUAGCUGCUAUGCACUUUUUCACCUUCAUUGUAUAAAGAAGUGGGCACGAGCUCCAACCUCCACAGAUUUGUCUGCUGGGCAAAGCCAGAGUUCGAAUUGGAGAUGCCCAGGUUGUCAAUCAGUGCAGUAUUCAAGACCAGAGGAUCUUCAGUAUUAUUGUUUCUGCGGAAAAAUGCAAGACCCAUCCAAGGAUUUCUAUCUGACUCCACACUCAUGUGGAGAGACAUGUGGAAAGUCACUUGAUAAAGGGAAGGAAAUGUCUCGUUGCCCUCACAGUUGCACACUCCAAUGUCACCCAGGCCCUUGUCCUCCUUGCACAGCAAUGGCUGCACCUCAACCAUGCCCGUGUGGUAAAAAAACUAUUACAAGGAGAUGUUCUGAUCAGAAAGUAGCUGAAUCAUGUGGACAAGUUUGUGAGAAGCUUCUUACCUGUGGUCGACAUCUUUGUGAUAAAUUAUGCCACGAGGGUCCUUGUGAUCCAUGCACUAUUUUAAUAAAUGCCUCAUGCUUUUGUGGGAUAAAAGAGAAGAUGAUGCUUUGUGGGGAUCUGGAGUUCCAUGGAGAAGUAGAGUGGAAAAUUGGUGUAUAUGCAUGUGAGAAUCUUUGUAUGAAGAUGCUCUCCUGUCAAAAUCACAAUUGCUGGUUGGGAUGCCAUCCAGGAGAAUGCAAAGAAUGUGAUUUAUUACCCGAGAAGUUAAAAACAUGCCCCUGUGGUAAAACACAAAUACUAAAUCAAAGGAAGAGUUGCCUGGAUCCUGUGCCAAUAUGCUCAGAAGUAUGUGAAAAGCUUCUUCCUUGUGGGAAACACACGUGCAUAAAUUCUUGUCACCAGGGCAUCUGCCCUCCUUGUUUGGUUUCUGUGGAUCAGAAAUGUCGAUGUGGAUCUUCUUCCAGAAAAGUCAGUUGCUGGAAAACCACAUCAGUCACGGAGGACAACAAAGAAUUUUUGUGUGAAAAGGUUUGUGGACAGAAGAAAAACUGUGGUAGACACAGAUGCAAUGAAAAAUGCUGCCCUCUGUCACAUCGAGGUCAGUCUGAUAUUCAAACAGGUGACUGGGAUCCACAUUUAUGUCUUAUGCCUUGUGGGAAAAAGAUGAGAUGUGGUCAACAUUACUGCCAGGAACUUUGCCAUAUUGGGCACUGCCCUCCAUGUCUUGAAACUAUUUUUACUGAUCUUGCUUGUGCAUGUGGGAAGACCUCAAUUCCUCCUCCAGUACCAUGUGGGACACCUAUUCCUUCGUGCACAUAUCCUUGCUCCAUUCCUCAGCCAUGUGGACAUCCUGCAAUUCAUAAUUGCCAUCUCGGAGAGUGCCCUCCUUGCACAGUGAGCAUUGCAAAAGGAUGUGUAGGAAGUCAUGUAAUCCUUAGAAAUGUUCCAUGUGGUUCACGAGAAAUAAGAUGUAAUAAGCUUUGUGGGAAAACAAGGCAAUGUGGAAUGCAUGCUUGCACUAGGACAUGUCAUAAACCACCUUGUGACACAGUUUCCAUGGAAAGUUCAUCAUCAAAAGCCAGAAUCUCAUGUGGGCAAACCUGUGGAGCUUCUCGUAGAGAUUGCAAACACACAUGUAGUUCUCCAUGUCACCCAUCUAGCCCUUGCCCUGAUACCAGAUGCACAUUUCCAGUGACUAUUACUUGCUCAUGUGGUCGAUUGACUGCACAAGUUCCUUGUGAUGCUGGAGGUAACAAUAUCAGAGCUGAUCCAGUCUUUGAAGCUUCUAUUUAUCACAAAUUGCCUGCUCCCCUUCAGCCAACAGAGUCACAUUUGACCAGAGUUCCUAUGGGCCAGAGAAAGCUUGCAUGUGAUGAUGAAUGUGCAAAGUUGGAGAGGAAGAAGACUCUAGCAAAUGCCUUUGACAUUUCAACAACAGUUGAUCUGCCAGGGGUGAAUGCAGCAACGUCAGAAAUGCUUGCUGACUUGAUUCGGAGAGAGCCUCAAUGGGUCUCAGCUGUUGAGGAUAGGUUUAAAUAUUUAGUUCUGGGAAGGACAAAGAUAAACACGAACAUUGUUCGUGUCCACAUUUUCACUGCUGUGCCAAAGGAGAAGAGAGACAUAUUGAGGCUACUUGCGGGAAGGUGGAACCUUUCUGUAUUUUCUGCUGGAUGGGAACCAAGACGCUUUUUAAUUGUACAGGCCACACAAAAGUCAAGAGCCCCAGCACGCAACCUGUUACUUAAAGGUCCAUUGCAAACCACAGGGCAGGUGCAACCUCCCAUUUUCAAUUCAUUGGUAGACAUGGAUCCAAGGCUUGUACUUGCCUUAUUUGAUUUACCACGAGAAACAGAUGUCAGUGUAAGCUCACUGAUUCUGAGAUUCGGUGGGGAGUGUGAACUUGUUUGGCUGAAUGACAAGAAUGCAUUAGCCAUAUUUACAGAUGUGGCAAGGGCUGCAACAGCUAUGAGACGUGUGGACCAUGCAACUGCAUAUCGGGGUGCUGUUUUAGUCCCCCAAAAUGGUGGAUUGCCCAGCUGCAGUGCUUGGGGAGCUAAAGAAGAGGGGAAUGCAGAGAAAGAAAAUGCAUGGAAAAAGAAGGUACAUGAAUCUGCAUGGAUGGAGGAUUCAUGGGGUGAGGAUUGGUCAACUACUGAAGUAUCUAAUUCAGUGUGGCAGUUAAACAACAAUCCCAUUAUUGCUUCGAAAAAUCCAUGGGGAGCUCUAGAAAAAGAGAUUGAAGGAGGUACAAAUUCUUUGCAAAGCGAGGUUCAGUUGACUUGUGAUCAACCCAUAAUUGAGGCUUCUAGUGAAGUUUCUGCAUUUCAGAAGAUUCAAAAUGAGGAGUCUGAGGUAGAUGACUGGGAGAAGGCUUAUUAGUGGGCUAAUGCUUGUUGACCUCGUUGCUUAGUUAAUAAGGUUAAUCAAGAGUAAGGGUAAAGAUAUGAAAUUGGUGUAAUUUUUUGGUAUGGUUUAUAGCACCAGAAUCGUUGAAUGUUUCUGAAUAGUGGUAGAAUAUGAAGGCUAAAGAUGCUUUAGUCAUUUAUUCGGUGUUACUGGUGAUUUUAGUGUUCUAGGCUCUUCUUUUAUGAAGAAUUGAUUCAUACCCAGUCUGUAAUUGAAGCAAUUAAUGGACACAAGAAAUUUUAAUGAGAAAAGUACAUUUUUUUCUG